AUGAAGGACGUGUCCCGUGAAGCAAGGUUUACGUCAUUGCGGCCGUUAGGACACGCGGAGAAGUAUUCGACGACACGGAGUCACUUGGGGAUCUAUCUCAAUGUGGGUCUGACAGCCCGGUACAAGCGGCGAAGCGGAGUACCCGUGAAACCGGCACUCUUUCACGCUCUCUCGGUGCUCAUCUCGAAGCAUCCUAUACUGUCGGCUAUUCCACUUGCCAUUGAAACACCGGAUCCGUGUUUUGUCCGUCUUCCCAAGAUUUCACUGAGUGAGGUCGUGACUUUCGUGGAAGAAGAUGCGAAUCCUCCGAGCCCUGAUUGGAAAACAAUUAUUGACAGAGUCCUUGAGGAGCAACACAAUUGCCCCUUCGAGGCUCAGUCCAACGGGACGCUUCCAUUCUGGAGAAUAUGCGUUCUGGAGAGCAACAAUGUCCCCGAGAGCUUUACGCUUGUGUUCAUAUUUCACCAUUCACUCAUGGACACCCAAAGUGCUCUUUCGUUCCAUGAUGAAAUGGAAUGGCACAUGGCGCAAUAUGCUGGUGUUGAGCCAAGUGAAAUGGUCUAUAGCUUUCCUGAUGACCUUGUCCCCCCAAUAGAGGAGUUAUAUACUCUCCCUGUAUCGCAAGAUUUCUUACGGUCACAAGAGAAGUAUAGCGAGCCAUCUCCCGAUAGCUGGACGGCUGCUCCCCAGUUUACGCCUGUGAAGACUCGCUUCUCUACUUUAUGGCUCUCUGAAGUUGACACAAAAAUGCUCAUGACACUGAGUAAGAAGGAGCGGACCUCGGUCACGGCGGCGCUUCAAGUCCUCAUUGCUACCUGCAUUUUCUCUGUUCUUCCUUCAAUAUAUCUCACACUCCAGGGUGACUGUGCAGUAUCACUACGAAGAUUCCUUCCCGAGCCAGUAACUGCUACCACUUUGGGCUGCUACGUCGGAUCGUCAUCCAUCACGUACCGCAGGAUGCCAUCUUUUGAUUGGGAUGAAGCCCGCCGCACCAAGAUUGCCAUUGAACAUACCAUGGCACAGAAAGGGGGUGACAUGCCGGUUGGAUACUUGGCAUUUAUCCAAAACCAGCAUCACUGGAUGUCACAAAAGCUAGGCCGAAAGAGAAUGAGUGCCUUUGAGUUAUCUAACGUCGGGGCAAGUUCUUCUUCACGAGGAGCCUCGAACUUCGAGAUUGAGAGUAUGUUGUUCAGCCAGAGCUCUAGUGCUUGCAGUGCCGCAAUCAAGGUCAGUGCUGUGACAGGGCGGGAUGGAAGGUUGGCAUUGGGAUUUACAUGGCAAGAAGGGGUUAUUGAAGCCGACAUGAUUGAACGAAUCAAAAGGGCUCUCGAGGGCGAGGUAAAAAGAUUAGCAGCAUGA